AUGUCUGCACCUGCCCUCAACGCCACCACCUCCGCUUCGGCUACCCUGUCUUCACGUUCCCCCAUCACCAACAACAACACGACCAACAACGAGACCGGCGAUGACUCCAACGGCACCGAGGUCUUCAGGUUUUCCAUGAGCGGGACGGCUCCCAUUGGCACGAUGGGGAUUGUGGGGACAUGGGCGAUGAAGCGCAAGGAGGGUGAGACUCUGUGGAACGGCGAGUGUUGUCCGCCCAGAGCCGAUGGGAGGAUCUGCCCACCGCAGAGACUGAUCAAUGAUAUCGCGGCGAAGUUCCCUGGCAUCACCGACCUGAAUGACCAGGAGAAUGCGACGAAGGCUUUCAUCUCCUACGCCGGGCACAAUAUGCGGAACUGGAAGAGGGGCCGAUUCCAUCUGAGCUACGAUUCGACCAAGGAGACUACGAAUCAGGAACACAAGGCUGACCUGACUACGCAUCCUUGCAGGGUGAAGAUGUCCGGACCGAUGGCGAAGAGGAGGAAGAUGAUGCUUGAGCCUGCAUCCGGGGCCCGUCAGAUUCCCACUGCCGAGCAGGAGAGCUGCAGAGACAAUCCACGGACGGAAGGGGCCUCUCGAGCGCGAGGCGCACGCGGUGUCGAACAUCCCUCAGAGACCGUAGCAACUGCCAUAGACGCUGCGAGCGAACUUUGGCCCGUGGGCUGGCGCAAUCCCGGCAUCAUGCCGAGUGACACCCUCCUCUUCGUGUCCGUCAUCGACCAUCUACCCGUUGAGAGAUACCCAAUCUGCUCCCGAGGGUAA